AGCUCUCUCGCACCAGGAUGGCUUGCAAGGACCUGUACCCACCGAAAACCAGCGUGGCCGUCCCACAGCCCAUCGCUGACAGCUGCAACGAGCUGUGCGCCCGGCAGUGCCCCGACUCCACGGCCUUCAUCCAGCCACCCCCCGUGGUGGUCACCUUCCCUGGCCCCAUCCUCAGCUCCUUCCCCCAGCAAGCUGUGGUGGGCUCCUCUGGAGCACCCGCCUUCGGGGGCAAACUGGGGCUGGGGGGCCUCUACGGUGUCGGGGCCACCCUGGGCUCGGGGGGCCUCUGCACCUUCGGCACACCCUACACUUCUCCUGCCUACGGCCCUUGGGCUGUGCCCCGCUACGGCAAGAAGCUCUGGGACACCUACGGGCCCUGCUAGA